CUUCGCCAGGCCGCCCCGGGAGCCGCCUAUUUAGGGCGCGGCUGCGGGAGCGAGUAGUGGGGCUGCGUGGAUGGCUGCCGUGGGGGAUGAAGUGCUGGGCGCCAUCAUGUACCCGGCGUGCGCCCCCUACUCGUACCCCUUUCCCUAUCCGCCGGCCGCCAAGGGCGCCGAGGGCUGGCGGCUCCGCAGCGGGGGCCACCCUCCUGCCUCGUCCUCCUCCGCGGCAGGGGCGGCCUCGUCCUUCCCGGGCCACGGGCAGCUGACGGCCGCCGAGUACUUCGACAGCUACCAGCGGGCGCAGCUGCUGGCGCUCCUGUCGCACGCGAGCCCCAGCUUCGGGCCGCGCCCCCGCAAGCCCACCUGCCGCGACGUGGGGGUGCAGGUGAAUCCGCGGCGCGACGCCUCGGUGCAGUGCGCGCUCGGGCGGCAGACGCUGCCGCGCAGGGCCCGCGAGCCCGGGACCCCGGCCGCUCCCGGUGCGGCCUCCCCGGAGCAGGGCAGCUCCCCGGCCGGCGCCCCGCGGCCUGCGCGCUUCCCGCGCUCCCUUGCCGUGUACUCGCCGGUGGUCUCCCGCUGCCUCACCGCCUUCCAGGAGGAGGCCCCGGGGGGCGCGCGGGGGCCCGGGGCGCCGGAGGAGGGCGAAGGCAUGGGCACGGGCGCGGCGAGGAAGGAAUCCCCGCCGCCGCGGGCCAGGGAGGAGGCGCAGGAGGAGGACGGGGCCCGACCGCCGUCGCAGGAGGCUCGAGCCGACGAAGCGGACCAGCAGCUCACGCCGCGGAGCCCCGAGCAGCUCCCGGCGGUGGGUAGGGCUGGGGACGCUGGGGACGCCGCCGCCACGCGGGAGAAGUCGCCGCCGAGCGCCGAGCCGGGCAAGGAGCGCCUGCGCUUCCAGUUCUUAGAGCAGAAAUAUGGUUAUUAUCACUGCAAGGACUGCAACAUCCGCUGGGAGAGUGCGUAUGUGUGGUGUGUACAGGGCACGAACAAGGUUUACUUCAAACAGUUUUGCAGAACUUGUCAGAAGUCUUACAACCCUUACCGAGUGGAGGAUAUCACCUGUCAAAGUUGUAAAAGAACUAGAUGUUCCUGCCCAGUAAGAAUUCGCCACGUGGACCCCAAACGCCCGCAUCGUCAAGACUUGUGUGGGAGAUGCAAAGGCAAACGCCUGUCCUGUGACAGCACUUUCAGCUUUAAAUAUAUCAUUUAGUGAAUGUAAAAAAUGGUUCUGCUGAAUGUGUGCUAAGGGAGCAGACAAGUGAGGUUUUUCCCUUGCCCCUUCUGUCUCUCCCUGCUCAAAGUACUUUCUGAGAGGCAAUGUAUUUGGACAAAGCCUUCAAAUAAAAGUAUUGCAAAACAAUUUA